CAUUGAAAUUUUUUGACGAAGCAAUCAAAAAUACUCCCAACGACAAAAGAGCGCUGAUUGGAAGAUCUAGAGCCAGGGCGAAGGCAUGCCAAUAUGAAGGAGCAAUAGUGGAUAUCAAUAAAGCCCUCAACCUGGAUCCAGAAGAUUUAGGGGUGAUCGCAGAUAAAGCAUUGAAUACUUAUCUGAGCUGUGAGUUUGAGGAUGGUUUAGUUCAGAACACUAGAAUGCUCCCCAUCAGAAAGAAACCAGACAGCUUUUCAAUGGGUGUGAUGCAUUGUUCCAAUGCAAUAGAAAAUUGCAUCGGGGAAAGAGCAGGAAGACCAUUGCGAGAUCAUUUCAAAAUUAUCAGAAGGCUAGCAUGGAAACAGAAUUAUGAAGCUCAGAAACCAUUCGAACCUAAGCCAAAACUGAAAAAGGUUGUCAAACAAGUAAAGACGAGAAAAAAAAGGCGAUCAGAUACAAUGGAGCCUGUUUUGCCUAAAAUACGAGCUUCUAAGACUGACCUGUAUAAAGAGUGUCGUUUGUCGAACAUAGAUUGUAGAAGCAUAACAGAGAGCUUACACAGUCACAAAUCUGAGAAACUUAUUGUUCCUCCAUUCAAUAAACCAUUUCCAUUUUCCCCUCUGCAGAAAUAUACAACUAACAUAGAGAAUUAUAUGGCUGAGAAGUACUUGGACUCAAUGUACUUGGACAAAAUAUUUCUACAAAAGUUACAAAAUGAGCCGGGAGCUGUUUGUCCCAACAAAAAAGGAUCGAUGAAAAUAAAGCAGCUGGCGAAAACGGGAUUCAAGACAGUGGCAUAUAAGCAAGAACUUCUUCGAACUAGAAGACCAUUUUAUUACAUCAACUACCAACAAGCGCGUUCUUCUGGCACAUUGAAAAGUCGCCAGGAACAAGAAUUGGUGUUACAGCAACAAACUAUUAGGAAGGAAGCAGACGUAGUUUUUGCCCGACUGAGAGUUGCUUUUGAAAAACGAAAUUUACUGAAAAUGUUGGAUUUGGCAGAAAAACUGAGACACUAUUGUGAGAUCCAGCCCCAUAGACUAUUUCCGGAUAAGGAAGAAUAUAUGGAGCAAGUAUAUAAAAUGAUCAGGACAGGAUACUUUAUGAUGAGCCGACUGAAUCCUUCUCAACUUGAAUAUGAUCAGGAUAAGAGAAUUUUAGUGGCGCUUGGAUUGCCGAUCAGCAGAGAACCCUCAUCUGAUUCUGUCAUUCAACAAUUCAAGAAUGUCUUCGUUGAUCACAAGAAAAGAAUCCAAAUCCUAGAACGACGCUUGAAAUAUGCCGAAGGCUCACAGGAACUCUGUUGGUGUUUCUAUGAAUUAGCACGAUCUCAGAUAGAACAAAAACGAUGGGAACUGGCAAGAGUCUACAGUAGAAAAUGUGUUCAGGAAGCGAAUAUAGCCUGCGAUUGGGAAUGGGCCAUCAAUGGAAACAUGCUCCUGGCUAAGAUAAAUAUUCAACAACACAACAGAAAUGAUGCUAGGGCAGAAAUUGUUACAGCUCUCAGGACUGCCAAAAUGAUGAAGAACGAUAACUUGAGAGAAUAUUUAGAAAAGUGUUUGGCCGUAGUCGAUAAAAUCGAAUUCGAUGAUGUGUUUGGACCUCAAGUACUAGAAAAACGUGAGAAGAGAAUUCUACAGAUGAUGGGUAAUGAAAAAAUGAGAAAUGAAUUUGCGCAUCUCUUCAGAAUGAUGGCGGCUAUGCCUGCUUCACGAAGAAUGACCGUCAUUCCUGGCAUCAGAGUGGAAACCGCGAAGAAGCACAAUACUACACGAAUGUCCAUAAUGGGGUCUGGAGUUGGAAGGAAAGGUAGUUCUGUUGGUCAUUCAAUGAAAGCGAGUUUGAAGAAAGAGGAUCCCAAAGGAGUUGGUUUCAUGGAGCUUGUACAGUUUCAUCUGUGAAUACUGAAUGAAAUCCUCAAAAUAAAAAAUAUCUCUGUAA